AUGGAAGCCUCGGACAGCGCCACUGUAGCGCAGCUCCCCGAUGACAUGAUCAAGUUCACUGUCCAGCAUGUCGCCGCUCUGGAGAGUGGUGCGCGUCUGGCUUCUUUGACCGUGCAAAACCGACCCUCCAUCCAGACUCCGCAUUAUCUUGUCCCUACCUCGCGGGGUGUCAUUCCUCAUCUUUCCCCAGAUACCUUACAAAGACACACCAACAUAUCUGCCGUAUAUAUUGGCUUAGAAGAUUUCAUUGAGAAGUCGGUCGCGACCGCUCCCAUAUUCAAAACACCCGUUCAAGAUGGCACAUCGAUCCUCCGACGGUAUAUCGGCUUGCCUCAACAGUGCUUGACGGUGUUAGGCCCAAGACGAGUUCCGGUUCUGCCUGCGCCCGCUCACAACACGAACUCGUCCAUCGCUAUAUCUACAUCUGUUGGAUUCCGCUUUCUUGAAGCCCAAGAAUACAACAAGUCAUUGGACAUUCUCAAGGCAGACAUUUCCCUGAGUCUCACCGAUGUCAUUACGAAAGAUACGUCCAGUUCCAAGAGGAUAGAGAAGAGCGCAGACAGAACACAUGCGUGGUUACGAGACUGGGUUGACAGCAGGCAAGGAAAACCAGGAGCGGGCUCGAUCUUUGCGUCUAUACCAGCUGUGCCUGAGCAACGGCUUUCAUUCUACUUUUCCGAUCUCCAAGACGAGUUCGAGCCUCACGUCUCUGGCCUCGCUCUUUAUUCUUCGUCCACGAUCCCUAGCCUCGCCCCAUCUCUUAAAUCUAAGCCAACGAUAGGUCUUUACGACCCAUCAACUCCACAAGAGGUGCUUGCCAGAGUGCACAAUGGAACCGACCUCCUGACCGUUCCUUUUAUCACUCAAGCAUCGGAACGCGGUAUUGCAUUGACGUUCACGUAUCCUGGAGCCCCAGAUUCCACCCCAAAACCUCUAGGGAUCGACCUGUGGUCCACUACUCACGCUACCGACACGUCUGCUCUAAGUCCUUCAUGUCCUUGCUACACUUGCACACGGCAUCAUCGCGCCUAUGUGCAUCAUCUUCUCCAAGCCAACGAAAUGGUCGGUUGGACUCUAUUACAGAUCCACAACUUUCACGUUAUCGAUACGUUUUUCGCUUCUGUUCGUACGAGUAUUUCGAAUGAUACUUUCGAUCAGGAUAAAGCCAACUUUGAACGAACGUAUGAGUCCGAGAUGCCCCAGACCACUGGCCACGGUCCCAGGCUUCGAGGUUAUCAAGCUACCAGUGUUGGAGGAGGUGAAUCCAAACUAAAUGCAAAGGCAUGGGGAAAAGUGGAUGAUCAGGUGCAGAAGCUGGCUGAGGCUCAGGCCACAGGCGCGAGCAGUACCUUGGCGUCGCUUGAUGGCGACGCGAUGGUGAUUGAGGAGCAUGGACUUGGAUCGAGGACCAACGGCUAG